AUGGCGCUACCGCUCCCUGACGUCAAAUCGGCUGUGGACUGUGCAUCCUUCGGUCACACUGUCCUACCCUUCUUGUCGCAGCUUACCACGCUUCCCCAGCAGCUGCAGGUCGCUGCGGUGACCAAGGAUGCGACCCUCCUGAAGGAAAUCUAUCUCACCACCAACCCUCUGAUCUCGGCUCUUGGCUUGACCUUGGUGCUCUCGGUGCUGUUUCUCAUUACAUCUGAGAUCAACCGCAAUUACUCUCAAGUUGAUCGCCUCUGGAGUAUCCUCCCAGCUGUUUACAAUGUGCACUUCGCUAUCUGGGCCCACAUGACGGGUCUUCAGACCCAAAGUCUGAACACCAUCGCACUCUUCACUCUGCUCUGGAGUGCUCGUCUGACGUUCAACUACUGGCGCCGAGGCGGCUACUCGAUCGGCUCGGAGGAUUACCGGUGGCAGAUUGUGCGCUCCAAGGUCAACAACCGCUUCGUCUUCUUCCUCUUUAACGUCACCUUCAUCAGCCUGGUCCAGCCGCUGCUGUUGCUCCUCAUCACCACCCCGACCUACAACUUCCUCUGCCUCUCGCAGAUCGCAGACCAGCGGUCGUUCGAGCUUCCGGACAUAAUCUUCUCCCGCGUCGCAUUCUUCUUCCUCGUGAUCGAGUUCUUCUCCGACCAGCAGCAAUGGAACUUCCAGAGCGCCAAGCACGAAUACCAGAAGACCGCCCGCAUCCCGGAGAAGUACAAGGGUGCCUACACCGAGGAGGACCUGGAGCGCGGCUUCGUGGUCAGCGGACUGUGGUCCCUAUCCCGCCACCCCAACUUCCUCGCUGAGCAGGCCAUCUGGAUCACCCUGUACCUCUGGAACUGCUACCGCACCGAGUCCUACGUGCAGUGGACCGGUCUGGGCGUCGUGGGCUUGCUGCUCAUCUUCCAGGGCAGCGUGCGGCUCACUGAGUCCAUCAGCGCGGGCAAGUACCCUGAAUAUCGCGAGUACCAGGCCCGCGUGGGCCGGUUCAUCCCUCGUCUGUCCGCGAAGCCCAAGUACAAGGGCAACGGCAAAAAGAAGGCUCGUCGC